GCGCCGCGGCGAGAAGAUGGCGGCGGCUGUGCGGCGCAGGUGGCGGCCAUAAUGGAACCGGAAAGCAGCCUGCUGGGCCCAGGGGAGCGUUGGGCGCCGGUGGGCGCUGUGACGGUGGAGCAGCAGGAAGAAGAAGAAGAAGAAGAAGAAGAAGAGACGGCGGCGGGGUCGCCGCGGUCGGUGCCGCGGUUGCGGGCUGAGCGGCGCCGCCUGCACGGGGCGCUGCUGGCGCUGGCCUCGCAUUUCGCGCAGGUGCAGUUCCGGCUGCGGCAGGUGGCCAGGGCCGGCCCGGCUGAGCAGCAGCGCCUGCUCCGCGACCUUGAGGACUUCGCCUUCCGUGGCUGCCCCGCGCCGCUGGCCCACGGGCUCGGGGAUGGCCCAAGUGAGCAAGAGAAGCAGGAGCGAAUUGAGGUCCAGAAGGAAAAGCAAAGGGAGCUGAUCUUGCAGCUUAAGACACAGCUGGAUGACCUAGAAACAUUUGCAUACCAGGAGGGCAGCUAUGACUCUCUUCCACAGUCUGUGGUUAUGGAAAGGCAACGGAUGAUUAUAGAUGAAUUGAUCAAGAAGCUGGACAUGAACUUGAGUGAAGAUAUUGCAACACUCUCUCCAGAAGAAUUGCGGCAGCGUGUGGAUACUGCCAUAGCACAGAUUGUUAAUCCAGCUCGGGUGAAGGAACAGUUGGUGGAACAACUAAAGACACAAAUAAGGGACCUUGAAAUGUUUAUCAACUUCAUUCAAGAUGAAGUUGGAGGUUCUGGUAAGGCAGAAGAUGGACACUGUGAGUGUGCAGGUAGAAAAGAUGGUGGUGGUUCCUACAAACCAAAUAUCUGGUCUUCUGGAAACAGAGUGAACCCAGAAGAUGCCAAAAAGUUGCGAGAAACAGGCCUGCACCUCAUGCGUCGCAUGCUUGCUGUGCUACAGAUAUUUGCUGUUAGUCAGUUUGGUUGUGCCACUGGUCAAAUUCCUCGCAGCCUCUGGCAGAAGGACCAAGCCAACAAGGACUAUUCUCCCUUAAUUAAGAAACUGGAGCUGUCGGUAGAUCGGGUGAGGCAGCUAGCUUUGAAACACCAGCAGGGUGACCACGUUAUCAGUUCUUCCGAUCUGCAGGAUGUUUCAUUAGGAGGAAGAGAUGAACUGACUCUGGCUGUGCGGAAGGAGCUGACCAUUGCUUUGCGAGAUCUGAUGGCUCAUGGGCUCUGUGCCUCUUCUCAAGGGAUGAGCCUGGUGUUGGCACCCAUUGCAUGCUUAAUUCCUGCAUUCGCCUCCUCACCACAGACCAUGCACCCCUGGGAUCUCUUUGUGGAGUAUUACAAAACUAAAAAUGGACAGGCCUUUGUGGAGUCUCCAGCUCGCAAGCUCUCCCAGUCCUUUGCCUUGCCUGUGACAGGAGGAGUCACCAUCACACCCAAACAGAGCCUGCUGACAGCAGUUCAUACAGUUCUCACUGAGCAUAACCCCUUCAAGCGCAGUGCAGACUCUGAACUGAAAGCUCUAGUGUGUAUGGCGCUAAACGAGCAGCGCUUGGUCUCCUGGGUAAACCUGAUCUGCAAAUCUGGAGCUUUGGUGCAAUCUCACUACCACCCGUGGAGCUACAUGGUAAACACAGGCUUUGAGAGUGCACUUAAUAUCCUCAGUCGUCUGAGCAACUUGAAGUUCAACCUCCCGGUUGACCUGGCUGUCCGGCAGCUGAAGAACAUCAAAGAUGCUUUCUGAUGUAUUUUUAUUUUAGAUCAUCCACUUUUCACAAGAAAAUCUUGAUGCUGGUGGCUGGAUGCGGUAUGGCACUUUAUCCUGCCCUUCUUAUGCAGUUCUGAAUGGCAAAAUUGGUGAGCAGAUUAAUGCCGUGCUGGAUGGGUGCAGGAGGGUCCUGACCACGGAGCCUGUCUACGGGAGCACAGUGCAUCUGAGCUGUUGUGCUGCAUCUGCACGCUUAUUUCAAAAUCUGUGGUCUAAAUGGUGCCAGUAUGAGAUACCUCUCAGGAGAAGUGAGGCAGUCUGAUAUCUGCUUGGGAGUGGGAGUUUGGUUGCUGAUGUUUGAUGUGGCUGCGCAGGGGUGAGGGAUUUGUUUUUCCCAGUGUGAAUGUAAGAGAACUGGGGGCAAAUCCUGCUGAGGAACUGGGUAUGCACUGAACCAGCAAUAUUCAGGCUGCUGGAUGAGGGAGCUGACAUUCAAAUUACUUUGCAAGCAUCCCAGAAGAUCCUUUUCUGAAACUUCUGUGCAGAGAUCAGAGCACCAGGGCUGUGGUAUUCCACAGUGGAUGUAUUAAACUGCUCUAAUUAGUGUCUGUGUGGGGAAAAUCCAUUUCCAGUGACUGUGUUUUAAUUUGCGUUGGUUAUUGGCCCUUGUGAUGCAGGUGUAGUGGCUCACUUGGCUUUGUAAUAUUUAUAAUAUCACUGUAACGUAUCUGCA